UAUAAAUAUAUACGAGUGAAUAUACGAUUAUUAUUUUUAUGUUCAACAAAAUGUUUAUAUAUAUAUAUUCGACGAUAUAAAUGUGAUCACAAAGUAUGCGGAAUAUAUGAGGAGAGCUACUCGAAAUACGCAAAUCAAAAGGUAAGCAAAUACGCAAUAAACACUCAUAACGGUGAGCAUCCAACAGUUGUAGGUGUGAGUGUAUGUGCGCUAGUUUAUCAAAUGCUAAUUGAAACGUGCAUACGAAGGAAUCAGAAUACCCAACGUACAUGCCUUACAUAUGUUAGAAAUUAUCAGAUGCCACCGCACUCCACUUUCAAGAUAAGGAACUCUUAAGAGGCCUACUAAGCAUUUCUCGCAAAUAUUAAUAUAAAGUAGUUGUGACACUUUCCGAAUUCAGUUAAACGCACAAUAGCGCACGGUACAGCAAAAGCAAAGUUAAUCGAGUGGCCUGAAAGGAUUUUAAGAAUAGUGGAAUAAAAUAAAAUAGAACAGAAAUAUGUUCAAAAUCGUAUUGUGUGUACUCAGCACCAUCCUGGUGGCGGAGUGUGCGGUCCCCAGCCGCAUUUCAGCUCGUGCUGAUAUCGCUUUGGGCAACUUUCUGCUGGCCCAACAAGGACGCGCCACAACACCGACAUCAAUGCAAUGUUUCACCCUUUAUGUACCGCUACUGAACGAAGCAACCAACCAGUGGGCGAUAGAAUAUGAGAGAUGCGUGCAAGCGGCAGAAGAUGGUCGUGAUAAUAUUUUGGCACAGGCGAGUACACUCCAAAGUGGCAUCUCUAAUUUAGCAGCUGGUGUUUGUGGUUAUGUGCAAUCGUGUAAUGUGAUCAAUAAUUCAUUGUCGGCACUCGACUGUUUCGGAUAUUUGUCUUCAAACACAGUGUCCACCAUUUACGUCGUCUCUAAUAAUGCUUCCGAUGUGGCAGCAGAUUUACGGCAGCAAAUCAAUUUUGUUGACGUCGAGUCCUAUCGUUGCUCAAACGCGAGUGAACGUCAGUAUGUGGAGCGCACUGGACAAAUCUACACCGCGCUUAAUUAUUGUUUAGAAAAUGGUCCACCACCAACAAUACCACCACCCACCACCACUACAGUCAGCCCCUCUCUAUCGUCCGCUGACGUAAAUGAUAUACAACUGAUUUCUGCUCCUCGUCGUACGCCCUUGGGUGUUUUGAACAGUCAGCCUCGGACGGCUGCUGCUGCUCAUCCUGCGCCGAGGAGUAAUUUAAUUUCCAUUUUCAAUAAUUGGUUGCAUCAAAAUGGCAAUCAAGAGGCUCAAAAUGUGUAAAAUGUUAAUGUAAAAUAGUCCUACAAGAAAAUCUGUUAUAAUAAAUAUAUUAUUUUAUAAAUAUAUAUAA